CUCGUCUGAAAGUCUGGGAACGAGAGCGGUUGCCGUGAGACUUGUGGGAAAAUGGCGGCGUCGGAAGCAGCAGCUAAAGUUCAGGAGGUUCGGGAGGUGACAAGAAUCGAGCGCAUUGGUGCACAUUCUCACAUCCGUGGCCUGGGAUUAGACGAUGCCUUGGAACCACGACAGGUGUCCCAGGGCAUGGUGGGCCAGUUGGCCGCACGUAGGGCAGCUGGGGUCAUUCUGGAAAUGAUUAAGGAAGGAAAGAUUGCUGGUCGUGCUGUCCUGAUUGGUGGACAGCCAGGAACAGGCAAGACAGCAAUAGCUAUGGGUAUGGCCCAGGCCCUGGGACAGGACACACCGUUCACUGCCAUGGCUGGGAGUGAGAUCUUCUCCCUGGAGAUGAGUAAGACAGAGGCCCUGACUCAGGCCUUCCGCAAGUCCAUCGGCAUCAGAAUCAAGGAGGAGACAGAGAUAAUUGAAGGAGAGGUGGUGGAGGUACAGAUUGACAGACCAGCAACAGGAACAGGAGCCAAGGUUGGAAAGUUGACCUUGAAAACUACAGAGAUGGAGACCAUCUACGACCUUGGUACCAAGAUGAUUGAAUCUCUCACCAAGGAGAAAGUGGCAGCAGGUGACAUCAUCACCAUUGACAAAGCCACGGGCAAGAUCACCAAGCUGGGCCGCUCCUUCACACGAGCGCGGGACUACGACGCCAUGGGGCCGCAGACCAAGUUUGUGCAGUGUCCUGAGGGAGAGCUUCAGAAGAGAAAAGAAGUGGUCCACACCGUUACCCUCCACGAGAUCGACGUCAUCAACAGUCGCACACAGGGCUUCCUUGCACUCUUCUCUGGUGACACUGGUGAGAUUAAGAGUGAAGUCAGGGAACAGAUCAAUGCCAAAGUGGCAGAGUGGAGAGAGGAGGGGAAGGCUGACAUCGUACCUGGGGUUCUGUUUAUAGAUGAGGUGCACAUGUUGGAUAUUGAGUGUUUCUCCUUCCUGAACCGUGCCCUGGAGAACGACAUGGCUCCUAUCCUCAUCAUGGCCACCAACAGGGGCAUCACCAGGAUCCGUGGCACCAACUACAAGUCUCCCCACGGGAUCCCCAUCGACCUGUUGGACAGACUGCUCAUCGUGUCCACCUCACCGUACUCCGAGAAGGAGAUCAGACAGAUCCUCACCAUCAGAUGUGAGGAGGAAGAUGUGGAGAUGAGUGAUGAUGCCACCACCAUCCUCACCAAGAUAGGCAUGGAGACAUCCCUCCGCUACUCCAUCCAACUCAUCACAGCAGCCAACCUCGUCUGUCGCAAACGAAAGGGUACUGAAGUGAGUGUUGAUGACAUUAAGAGGGUGUACUCGUUAUUCCUGGACGAGCUGCGCUCCACACAGUUCCUGAAGGAGUACCAGCAGGAGUUCAUGUUCAAUGAGAUGACAGACACAGAACAAAUGGAGACUUCCUAGUGGGGCCAAACUAGCCUGACUUCUGUCUGUGUUGGAAUGACUACCACCCAUUGUCCACAAAACUACAGAUAACUACUGCACUUUAUAUUAAACUUAGCACCAGCCAGCUUUCCAUUGAGCUCAUACAAUGUACCUACAAUGUCUUUAUGGAGAAGAACCAGUAUUUCCCGUCCAGAAAGUUUGGGUACCCAAAAACUUUGCCAAAAGUUCCAUUAAGUCCCAAGAAAAGUUUUGUACAAGUUGUUGUAUGAUCCCAGAACAUCUAAGUAUUAUCAGACCUAAGAGGUAUUGGGGGGAAAUAGUCACAUGUACUAUGGUGCAUGUACUCAGAACAGUAACCUAUGGUUGUAAGAGUUACCUAUACAAAAAUAUGUACCCUGAUGUAGAGAAUGAAGUAGAAACAGCUUGUUUGAAUUGAUUUUUUGUAACUUUUCUCAAGUUUUGUGUGGAUUGCAAAUAUAUCAUAUUAGAGGACAAUACAGUGUACCACUGUACAUGUAUGUAUGUUGUUUUAAAGGUUUUGUAUGAAGAGGACUUCCCUGAAAUGAAAUUCUAGUUUGCCUUUGUUAAAUUAAAUUGUCCUGUAGACUGCACACUGUAAGUGGGUGAAAAUGAUUUUUUAUGCAUGUA